AUGCCCACGAAAAAUUCAAAGGAUCCUGUGAACCUCACCACCGUGGACAUCAAGGAAACUGGCCAUCAUGCUCGGUCACCUUCCUUCCCCGGCCAUUCGCCCAAUGAAAUAGGACCCGGCACCUUCUCAGCGACCGGAGCAACAGCACCCACCACCACCUCCAUCUCCUCUUCACUCCUAGUCCCCGCUUCAACAACAUCAUCCGAGGUCGCAAUGAGCUUUGGCCUAAAGUCGUCGCAUGUCUCGAUCUGGAAAAAGGGACUAUGGAUCGCAUUCACGAUGGGGAUCUUCUUGUUGCCCUACAUUGUCCUCAAGGCAUGCUUCCACAUCCAGGUCUCUGCGGGUGCCUGGCAGACGUCGGUCACGUACGGUAUGCUGAUGGCGCUUGACUUUAUGGCGGUCAUUAGUUUUUCGGCCCUUAACAGGCGCAAGGUCAACAACCGGGUCAAGAAGCGUGACCCACACUGGGUCGGAGUGUCGACGGGCAUCCUUGCAGUGGGCUACCGUGAGGAUCCUGUCCUACUGGAGGGCUGUCUGAAGAGUUUGAAGGCGGUACGGUACCAGCGUAACCAGCGGGUUAUGUUGGUGGUUGAUGGUAAUGAGGCGCAGGACGAGUACAUGGCUCAGAUCUUUAUAAAGGUCUUUGAGGAUCAAGGGGCGGCCAUCUUCCGACCCGACUUUUUGACCAUGGAUCGACAGGCAAGCGACAGGGACCGACAAGACUUGGUUCGUCAGGUUUCGUACCACCCUGGCCCCGUCUGUGUGAUGCAGCCCCACCGCGGAAAGCGGUCGGCUAUGUAUACUGGGUUUGCGGUCUUGCUCCAGCAGGGCAUUGAAUCUGUGGUGGUCACCGAUUCUGACACGUACUUGGACCCCCACGUCUGCAGAGAACUGGCGUUUGCAUUGGCCGAGUCGCCUAUUGUUGGAGCUGCCACCGGAGAUGUCCGUAUCUACAACACCGGCACCUGGGUCAGUUUCCUGUCCUCCCUCCGCUACUGGUUCGCCUUCAACCUCGAGCGUGGUGCACAAUCGUACCACUCUGUCGUCAACUGUGUCUCGGGACCCCUCGGUAUCUACCGCAUGUCGAUCGUCUCUGAAGUGAUGGACAGCUGGGUAAGGCAAUCGUUCCUGGGCGUCCUCUGCACCUAUGGAGACGACCGCCACUUGACCAACCUGGUCCUUCGCGAAGGGUUCAAGGUCAAAUUCUCGCACUAUGCCAUCUGUCACACCGACACGCCGAUCCGAUUCAUUGCCUGGGUCACCCAACAGACACGCUGGUCCAAAUCGUUCUUCCGCGAGAUCCCUAUCCAACUCGGUUGCAUACACCUUCACUCGCCCUGGAUGACCUAUGCGCUGUUGUACCAGCUGGUGUACCCCAUGAUGAUGAUCUAUAACCUGGUCAACUGUAUUUAUUUCGGUACUGGAUCCCAAAUCUCGUGGUGGUUGGUCUCGAUCGUGUUUGUGGGCAUGUUGAAAACGGCGUAUGCUGUUCGUGUCACAGGUGACAAGAAGUUCUUCUUUACGACCGUCUAUGGGUUCCUGUAUAUGCUCGGCUACGUCCCUGCCAAGAUCUUUGCCGCCCUCACCCUCUAUGACAACUCCUGGGGUACUAGCGCGCGUUUGAUUCGUAACUUUACGCAGUUGCAGAACUACAUCGCGCCAGUGACCUGGGGCUCGAUUCUCUUCUUUGGUGUCUUCCACAAUCCAAGCCGGUACACCCAACACGCACCCCUAGCCGAAGGUCAAUCCCCUCCCAUCUUCUCGGACGCGUUCGUGAUCUAUUCGUUGUGCUUCUUUGGGUUGGCCUACCUGGUCGCCUUCUUCUGGUUCUUUGUUCGGACGGGUAUCCUGACGCGCAACUUUAAACGCGAUUAUACUUACGAGGAGCUGUAUGAGAGCACGGAGAGUUAUGUGAAUGUCGAUGGUGGUAGACGCAAGGUCGCUCGGUUCGAGGUGUAA